UAGGGAAAAAGAAGACAGUAAGUCAGUCAACAACUCAGUCUUAAGAGUAGUCUCUCUGUUUUCUCGUUUUCUCACUAAAGGUUCUGAUUUUUGAUCGUAUUACUGAACAUGGCGAUGGAGAAGGCGAAAGAGCACAUCGAGGAGAUCAGAAGGACCAAAUUCUCCAUUGGAGGCGAGCCUAAUCCUCUCACUGAGGAUCUUCAUCAAGCGGUGAAGAACCUCUCUGCCGAACUUUACGCCAAAGACGUCCAUUUCCUCAUGGAGCUCAUUCAGAAUGCGGAAGAUAAUGAGUACAUGGAGGGAGUGGAUCCUUCGUUAGAGUUCAUAAUUACGUCCAAGGACAUCACGGCCACCGGAGCUCCGGCGACGCUGCUCAUAUGCAACAACGAGAGAGGUUUUUCUAGUAAAAACAUUGACUCCAUUUGCAGUGUGGGUCGUUCAACCAAGAAAGGCAAUAGAAAGCGUGGCUACAUUGGCGAAAAAGGUAUCGGAUUCAAGAGUGUUUUCUUAAUCACUACAAGACCGUACAUAUUCAGCAAUGGAUACCAGAUUCGCUUCAAUGAAGAGCCUUGCCAACACUGCAGUCUUGGCUACAUAGUUCCUGAAUGGGUUGAUGAGAAGCCCACUCUCUCUGAACUCAAGCAGAUAUAUGGUUCUGGUUCUGCUCUUCCUACCACAAUUCUCAUCCUGCCAUUGAAGCCUGACAAAGUCAAACCAGUGAAGCAACAACUAUCUAGUAUGCAUCCCCAAGUUUUGUUGUUCCUCUCCAAAAUCAAGAAAUUAUCUGUCAGGGAAGAUAAUGAGGACCCCAGACUCAAUAGUGUAAAUGCAAUUGCAAUUUCUAAAGAGACUGAUUUUAAGCAGAGGAAAAACAUUGAUGCUGAAUCAUUCACCCUCCAUCUAUCUGCAGAAGAGAAUGGAAGUGAAAAAGAAUGCAUGUUCUAUAUGUGGAAACAGAAAUUUUCUAUUCAACCCAAGUAUAAAGUUGAAAAGAGGGCAGAAAUGGAGGAGUGGUCUAUCACUCUUGCAUUUCCAUUUGGUGAACUGCUUCGAAGGGGAACACACUCACCUGGUGUCUACUCCUUUCUUCCUACAGAGAUGGUAACUAAUUUUCCAUUCAUUAUUCAGGCUGAUUUUCUCCUAUCAUCCUCAAGGGAGACUAUUCUCUUAGACAGCAAGUGGAACAAAGGCAUUCUUGAAUGUGUGCCUAUUGCAUUUAUAGACGCAUUUAAAUCUAUGGUGAAAACUAGUGAAGAUGCACCAGUUUGGAAUUUGCCUGAUAAGUUCAGGUUCUUACCUGUUAAGGAUUCUAACUUUCCAGAGCUAAAUGUCGUUAGGGAUGCUAUUAAGGCAAAGCUACUUGAAGAGGAGAUUGUCCCAAGUGAAAGGCUGGUGAAUCAGAAGUUUUUCCACAAGCCCCGCGAUGUUGGAAGGCUUAUGCCUGCUUUCUGGAGUAUUUUGGACAAGGCACGACAACAAGGGGUGAGCUUGCACAAGCUCUCUUCCCAUGGAAAAUUUAUAUUGAGUUCUUCAUUUGACCGGGAAGAAUUCGAUGACAUACUUUGUUUUUUGGAAGUUCAACCAGUAGAUAGUGAAUGGUAUGCGAAGUGCGUAGAGGGGUCUAAUCUCGUAGAUAAAGUCUCCGACCCAGUCUAUUUGGAGCUUCUUUUGUUUAUUGCUGAUAAUUGGAGUUCCAAAUUCCACUGCACAAGGAUCAAGAAUAUACCACUCAUAAAAUAUGAGAAUCAAUAUGGGAAUCUCUAUAUGUUCAGCAUAACUGAAGCUGCAUCAGCAAGGCAAAAUGGUAAGAGUUUGGUUUACCUAUCACAACAUCCGACUCAAGACUCUUGGUUGAUUGAGUGGAACAAGGAGUUUGGGUCUGUUAGCAAUUGCUUUUUCGUUCCAAAAAUCACACAAGAUGCUAUACGGUCAAGCUCCAAGGAAGGGACAUUAAUAAAAUGGCUUCAAGGCAAUGUGAAGGUUGGUGUAGUUGACGUUAACAAGUACGCCGUUCACCUAUGUAACUCCCAUUUUAAAGAGCGGAAACUUGUUAUAUCCUAUGCCCACUUUUUGUACCACUCAAUGUCAAAGAAUUAUCUCUCGAAGCAGCAAGUUAAUGAUUUGUGUAGCAGAAUGCCAGUUGUUGGUAGCGAUGGCCACGUUGCUACUCAAAGAAAUGGAAUUCUUGUCCCUGCCAAUGGAAGCAAAUGGGCAGGGUUGUUUGUUUCAAGCUUGUGGAGAAGAGAAGACUAUGUUGAGUUAAGUAAUGACUAUUUGAGUCCUAGUCGUCACGGUAAACUGAAUACACCAGAAAAUGUACUUGUUAAAUUCUUGAAAGAUCAUGCUAGUGCCAGUGAUGUUCCUCGUAUACCUCCACCCAAUGCACGGAUCCCUGCUGUGUCUGGAACACUUACAAAGCAAAACGCAUUCCUUCUUUUGGAUUGGAUAGAUUACUUGAAAAGUAAACGGACCAACAUCCCCAACAAGUUCUUGUCGAGCAUAAUGGAAGGAAGCUGGCUGAGAAUCACCCUGAAUGGAUCUCCUGGGUGUAGGCCACCUUCUCAAUCUUUCUUUCUUAGCAGCUCAUCAAGCUCGUGGGGAAGUAUUAUGCAGAAUGAAUCAGUGCUUGUUGAUAUUCCUUUGGUUGAUCUAAACUAUUACGGUGACAAAAUAAAGGAAUACAAGGAGGCGCUGAAAAUAGUUGGGGUCAUGUCUGAGUAUGAAGAAGCUUGCCAUUUCAUUGGCGAACACCUCAUGUCUCUGGCAGAUUUCGGCACGUUGACUAAAAGCAAUGUGAUUUCGAUUAUGAAAUUCAUCAAAUUUUUGAGGUCCAAAUGUCUCUCUCCUGUGGAAUUUAUCAACAGCAUCAAGGAAAAGAAAUGGUUGCGGACAUCUUGUGGUGACAGGUCUCCAGCUGAAUCUGUUCUGUUUGAUAAUGACUGGAAAACUGCUUCGAAAAUCAGUGACAUUCCGUUUAUUGAUAAAGAUUAUUAUGGUGAAGAAAUCUGCACUUUCAAAACAGAACUUGGAUUGCUGGGAGUGGUAGUUGCUUUCAGUGGAAGUCACCAGCUUGUUGUUGACCACCUCAGGUCAUCUUCACACUUGAGUUAUCUUUCAUCUGAUUCUCUACUUUUGAUACUGCAAUGCAUGUGGCGCUCAAAUUCAAAGCAAAAAAUUGUUAGAGCACUACAAGAUGCAAAAUGUUUGAAGACAAAAGCUGGUUACAAGUCCCCUGGUGAAUGCAUCCUAUAUGACCCCGAAUGGGGUUGCCUUCUUCAGGUCUUCGACGGUAUACCAGUGAUGGAGCCAAAUUUCUAUGAGAAGGGCCUCUACAAUUACAAAGAUGAGUUAAAGCAAAUGGGAGUGGUGGUGGACUUUGAAGGAGCCACGAAAGUAUUUGCUCGUUUUUUCAAAGAGCGAGCUUCAAAUAGAUCCAUAACCAAAGAGAGUGUCUUGUACUUUCUCUCAUGCUAUAGACAGAUACAAGGAACUACUCAUAAGUUUUCUGCAGAACUUAAAGCUUGUAUCCGUGAUGUCAAGUGGUUGAGGACAUGCCAUUGUGACUAUUAUAGGUCUCCAAACGAUUGCAUUCUGUUUGGUUCUGAAUGGGAGUCCAUCUUUCCAAUUUCUCGCCUCCCUCUCAUUGAUGAUAGUGAUAAUGGUUAUGGCAAGGGCAUCCAUGAAUAUAAGAAAGAGCUGAAGAGUAUGGGAGUAGUCAUGGAUUUUAAGGAUGGGGUCAAGUUCGUAGCUGAUGGUCUUCACUUUUUUGAUACCAACCUCAUCACUCCUUCAAAUGCACUUUCAUUGCUGAAGUGCAUUCGUAUUUUGAUGCAGAAAAAAGAUUACAUCUUUCCUGAGAAUUUCUCAAAAGAACUUUCUCGAGAUUGGUUGAAGACUAAUGAUGGUUACAGGCCUCCUAGCAAGUGCUUGUUGUUUGAUUCAAAAUGGGGUGAAAGUUUAAACCGUUCGGAUGGCCCGUUUAUUGAUGAGAAGUUUUAUGGCUCUGAGAUUGCUUCAUAUAAAGAAGAGCUCAAGGCAAUUGGAGUGAUCGUUGAUGUUGAGAAAGGUUGUCAAUUACUUGGCAGCCUACUUGAUUUUCAUACUGAGUUUUCAAGAAUCGUAAGGAUGUAUGAUUACUUGAGUAAAUUCAAGUGGGAGCCUAAAAGUGAGGAGAAAAAGAUAUGGAUCCCAAAUGGUAGUCAUAAAGGGGUUUGGGUUAGUCCAGAAGAUUGCGUAAUUUCUGAUAAGAGUGAGCUAUUCAGUUUGCAGCUGACCAUCCUGGACAAAUACUAUGAUCACAAUCUUUUCUUCUUCUCUAGUGCUUUUCAAGUAAAAAGCAGUCCUAGUAUUGAGGACUACUGCAAGCUUUGGAAGGUUUGGGAGAACUCGGGACACGCAUUGUCACAUGAUGAGUGCUGCAAAUUUUGGAGUUACAUUAUUAGACACUCCUCUUCAAAAGAAGAAAAAUCUCUUCUUGAUGAGCUGGAGAAAGUACCGGCAAACUCAGGUUCCAAUGGCAUUGUGUUGGUAUCCAAGCAUGAUGUUUUUGUAGCUGAUGAUCUUCAGCUGAAGGAUCUUUUUGAACAAUGCUCUGGUCAACCCAUUUUCGUUUGGUAUCCUCAGCCAAGCAUGCCUAUUCUUCCUCGGACUAAGUUGCUUGAAGUUUUCCAAAAAAUCGGUGUGCGCACUAUCUCUGAAUCUGUCAAGAAAGAAGAGGUUUCCAUAGCGCAAGUCGCUGAAAAUGAGCAAGUGAUUCCAAGGGAUGCUUUGAUUGGUAAAGGUUUGGUAAAGCUUAUACUUGGGUUUCUAGCUCAUCCUUCCCUCAAAAUGGAUGCAAAAGAAAGACAUAAAGCUGUGGAAGGUCUUCUCAACGCUACUGUUCUUGAGACAGUUGAACCAAUUGAUGUAAGCUAUAAUCUGUCACUGUCUUCUGGUAAAACUUUGAAUGUGAGAGCCAGUCGAAUGGUCAGAUGGGACAAAGAUAGCUCCGAGAUCUUCACUCAAAAGAUUGACAAGUCUAAAGGGCCUGGAAAUCUCAUUGAGCGUGCUACAUAUUUCUCUCAAGUAAUAUCUGAGGGUGUGUUGUGGGAGAAUGGUGACCAUAUAGAUACACUGUCUGAGCUGCUCAAGUUGGCAUUUCUUCUGGAUUUCAAUGAAGAAGCAGUGGCUUUCUUAAUGAAGUCAAAGAAUUUGCAGAUUUUCUUGGAGGACGAGAAGUUUACUUCUUCUGCCUUCCCUUCUGUCUAGGUAUGCCUGGUAACCCGUUUGUAUUGGUACAGGUAAUAUAUGUUGGUCUGUUAUGUUUUGUUUUCAUUUACUUUAAGAAUGUGUUUGUAUGUGGAACUUAAUGUUCUGUAGUUGAACUCUUUAAUAGUUUAUGGGUCUUGAACUUUAAUUUUCUCAGUAUAUUUACAGUUUGUAGCGGUUUGUGGAAUUUGAAGUGGUAUUUAUAUAUGAAUCUGUUGCUACAUCUGUGAUUUUAUUCUCAAA